CUGAUGGGAAAGUGGUGGUGUCAGAGAGCCAGGAAGGGUGUGCCUGUCGGAGGCAGGAAGAAACAAGCCGCCUUGGAGAUUCAGCUGCAGCGGGCGAGCGGACCCCCCCAGGCUUCAGGAUGUUCUUUACCUGUGGCCCCAAUGAGGCCAUGGUUGUCUCAGGUUUCUGCCGCAGUCCCCCUGUCAUGAUAGCUGGAGGACGCGUGUUUGUGUUGCCAUGUAUUCAGCAGAUCCAGAGGAUCUCACUGAAUACUCUGACCCUGAAUGUGAAGAGUGAAAAAGUAUACACCCGACACGGAGUCCCCAUCUCCGUCACAGGCAUUGCGCAGGUGAAGAUUCAGGGACAGAACAAGGAGAUGCUGUCAGCUGCUUGCCAGAUGUUCCUGGGCAAAUCUGAGCUCGAGAUUGCCCAGAUUGCUUUGGAGACCCUAGAGGGGCACCAGAGAGCCAUCAUGGCCCACAUGACCGUAGAGGAAAUAUACAAGGACCGGAAGAAGUUCUCCGAGCAGGUCUUCAAAGUUGCCUCCUCUGACCUGGUCAACAUGGGGAUCAGUGUGGUCAGCUACACCCUCAAAGACAUACACGACGACCAGGAUUAUCUUCACUCUCUGGGGAAAGCUCGGACUGCUCAGGUGCAGAAGGAUGCCAGGAUUGGAGAAGCCGAAGCGAAGAGGGAUGCUGGCAUCAAGGAAGCAAAGGCCAAACAAGAGAAAUUGUCUGCUCAGUACUUGAGUGAAACAGAAAUGGCCAAAGCCCAGCGGGACUACGAGCUGAAGAAGGCCACGUACGAUUACGAGGUGAACACGCGGAAAGCAGAGUCCGACCUGGCCUAUCAGCUCCAGGUAGCCAAGACGAAGCAGAAGAUCGAGGAGGAGAAGAUGCAGGUGCUGGUAGUGGAGCGAGCCCAGCAGAUUCAGAUACAGGAGCAGGAGAUGAUCCGUAAGGAGCGCGAGCUGGAGGCGAAGGUCAAGAAGCCCGCCGAGGCAGAGCGCUUCCGGCUGGAGAAACUGGCGGAAGCUGAGAGGACACAGCUGAUCAUGCAGGCGGAGGCUGAAGCAGAGGCCAUCCGGGUGAAGGGUGAGGCUGAGGCCUUCGCUAUCGAGGCCAAGGCCCGGGCUGAUGCCGAGCAGAUGUCUAAGAAGGCAGAGGCCUUCCAGCAGUACCAGGAAGUAGCCAUGGUUGACAUGCUUCUGGAGAAGAUCCCGGAGAUGGCCGACGAGAUCAGCAAGCCCCUGACUUCGGUGAAGAAGAUCACCAUGGUAUCGAGCGGACCUGGGGACAUGGGGGCUGCCAAGAUAACGGGGGAGGUGCUUGAAAUCAUGAGCAGGCUGCCUGACACCGUGGAGAAACUCACUGGCGUUAGCAUCUCUCAGCAGAUGAAUCAGCAGAAGCCAAGACGGAUGAACUGAAUGCGGAAGACUUGCGGAGGGGGAGGGAGAGGGGGAAAUCCUUCCUGAACAUGACCCUCAUCAUCUGUAUGUGUCCACAUAUAGAAAGUUCUUUCCCCAUCCUGAGCCCUCCUGUAAUCGCCAAACCUUUAAUGGACUGAACUGUUGCAUGUUGGCCAACAAUCCUUGAAACUGCUGAGGUCUGUCACCCUGCUGUCUCCCAGUGUCAACCCCAAUGUUACCUUUGUAAGCACCCUGGCACCCAUUAUCACUUGUCACGCCAUGCUUCUUUUGCUCUCGUUUCCCCACCAACUGCACCGCUGACGCCACUUCCUUGCUUUGUUGCCUGAGCUCGUCGGGUCAAUGUGUACCUCCUGCUAGUGACCUUUCUUGGAGAAUUUAAGGAAGGGUCUGCUUCUGGAAUUACUGGGGAGGCAGCAAAGAGGAAUCUGGGAGGAAGGGGAAUCCAAGGCCUGCCCUUUAGAGGUUGGUUGGUUGCUGGAUGCUUUGCGAACAAGGUGUUUCGAGUUUAUGUAGGGUGGGUCCAGUGGAUGUUCUAAGGAACUGCCUUCUGCGAGUGGAGACGUUUUAGAGGGUCAGUUCUACGCCAUUGGGCAUGGACACAGUUCUUGCUAGCUCCAUAGACCUAAAACCACUUAUAUUUUCCUGUGUAUGUAUGCCCAUGCUAAUUCAACCCUUUCUCCCUUUGUGCCAUAGUACUUGGGCAUGGCUGAGAUUCCCCCCACUUGGCAAAAUUCAAAUAAUCUUGCUCCCUUUUGUUGUUGCUUUUAUACUUUUUUAAAACACACACACACACACACUAUCUCGUUUUUUCAAGGGUUUGCAUGUGUUUACAGCCGCUCUGCACUAAGCCACAGGUAUAUGAAGUCAAAGGCACAUUCCGCACUACUUUUGGCAUGGUGGGCAGGUGGCCAAACGCUGUUCUGGUAGGUGCGUAUUAAUGAAUGCGUAUUUAUUUCCCCUCCCCCCCCUUUAAAAUCAACAUCUGGUUGUGCCUUAUAUCUGUGUUAGCUUCAGGAACAAGCCGACGUUGCCACCAGUCCUGUGACUGGAAUAGGAGGUGGGUGCAUGUAUGGGCUUGUGGGAUACACAAUCAAGAUGACAGGUGCUGCUGUCCUUUUACUAGUGUGGAUUCUGAGCCAAGAUUAUGGCACUUGCCGAAACCUGGCUGUGGCUUUGGCCUAGCCUUUCCCCUUGACAUGCUAGGUUUCUGCACGCAGGGAGCUUUCCUGAAGGAGAGCAUUCCAAGUGCAGUGGGACAUGGGGACCCUGCGCCACACGGUUCGCCUCUUACGUUCAGAUCUGCCUUGGCAAUCCUUGCCGUGAGGUGGGUUGGCCCUCUGAGGAAAGCUGUCAAAACAGAGACAAUCGGCUCUUGCUUCAUUCAGAAUGGGUAACCCUAAUAAAAGACCAUUUAACGAGCGCACCCACCCACUUUUCUGCUGCCAGACUCCGGUCUUGUCCUUACAUUUCAGCUGUUUUGAGCCAUGUCUGAGCUUCCCAGAGUGAGCUGUGAGUAGCCAGACUUCACUGUGUCGCUUUUUGCCCUCUUCCCUCGUGCUGCAAAUCAUGUUCGCUUGCAUGCUGCUCACUCCUGAGAUGGAAGCACGCUUGAUUGUGGAUGGAGCACCCUUGACCCUGUACCUAACAGAGAAGCCGCUUGGUUGUGCCUGCCCCAACUCUUGCCCUGCUUGCUGUGUAGUAAGGCCUCAGCACCGUGCCUUGUCUAACUCUUUGCCAAGGAGAAAGAGUUGCCCCAUCGUCCUUUCUGCUACCAAGAUCCUCCGCUUAUAAUAAAAGCCAAGAUUACUGCCUGUGUCUGCCUCUCUCUCUCUCUCUCUCUCUCUGUGUGUGUGUGUUUAGCCCACACUAAACACACCCCUCCCUGCCUUCUUCCCCCUCCCUGCCUUCCAAAACUAAAAAUGUCCGCCAGUGUCAAUAGCACCUCAAAAUGUAUCCAGCAGUCUCUCUUUCCCAGCCCAUCUUACUGAAAAACUUUUAGUCUGCCUCCCCAAAAUGCUUUUGUUUUUCUCGCUCAUCUGGCUUUUCACCCUCCCUCUGGCUGGAGGAGGGGGGAAACUAAGGGUGUGUCAUCUCCAACUCUCUCAUAAGAACCUUGUGCCAUUUAUUACUAAUUAACUGGAGAGAAGACGUCCCCCUGGCAACUUUGCCACUGACUUCUAGGAAAUAGUUGCAGCCCUUCUGGCUCCAUUAGCUGCAGUUCAAUGUGGCAAGUGGGCAAUUGAUUAGCACUGCUUUGGGACCCUGCUGCCAUGCCAGGACUGCUAGCUCUGGGCAAGGUGGCCUGGGAGAGAUGCCUGCACUGAAAUUCUGGUUUAAGAUCAGCACACUUAAUUGGCAACAAUGAACUCGUAACUAAAUUCUAAAAAGGCUUGGAAGAGCAGGUGUUUCCCAGCAAGCCUGAAGUGACAGCUGGUGUGUUGUGGUUAGAGUGCCAAGACGAGGACCUGGGAGAUCAAAGCUCACUGGGUGACCUUGGGACAAUCACUGCCUCUCAGUCUAACCUACCCCACAGUUGAAAGAGGAGGGGAAAGACCAUGAACGCCACCUUGAGCUCCUGGGAAGAAAGGUGGGAUAUAAAUGAAAUAAAUACAUAAAGCUCCGUUUUUGUCUCUUAACUCCUGGUUAGCUUUCUUCGUUUGUGCAGCCUAACAAAAAGCCACUUUGCUGCUGCUGCCGCCAUUAUUAUUAUUGUUGAUUUAUUUCAAUUUGAUUCAUCUAUUUGUAUGCUACACUUCAAAGAAAACUCUGCCGAAUGGACAACUGCUAUGCCACUUUUUUUUAUAAAAAAAACCAUACUAAAACAGUUGCGAAUGAUGUCAAUAAGUAAACCCAUUAAUUAAUCUCAAGUUUUUGCACACAAAAAGCCACCCAUGCUGUUUAGAUGCAGAUCACCCUACCAGCAGACCCUGAUCUGCUCACCCCUGCCAUGUUGGCUGGGGUGAGAAAUGUAGGCAGGCCUAUUUUUGUCCAGCUGCCUUUUCAUCCUGCUUUUCCUUCCGCCGCUAACCCCGAGUGUGUCUAUUGUCAAUUGUCUUCCUGGAAGCAGCAGGAGCAGCUGCAAAGGUCAGCACCAGCCACGUCUGGCCUCCAAUCACGCUGAUCUUUACUUGAUGGAGCUGUGCUCCUCUCAGCGGGAUUAUGCGAUGGUUUGGCCGGAGCUGAGCGUGCGACUGUGUGACUACAGUCCAGUGAUUUAGACGCCAGCUGGAAGGAGCUGGCGGUUUCACAGCAGGCCUGUUGGGAGGAACGUGACAAGUGUGGUUUCGGUCAAGAACAGCAGGGAACAAAGCGGCUCCUUCGCUUUUGGACUCCGAGCCACAACCAGUGUGCAUGGGCGCUGCCA